AUGGACCCGCUUGAAUCAAAGAAAGCACCGGGUGGUAAUGGCGAUCGCGUCGCACCCGGCGCUGACGUCGAGAAAGCUGGUGAUCAUGUGGUUAACACUAACGUGAUGGACGACUCGGCUACUAGCUACCCAAAACCAGUCGACGGCAACGCUUCUGACUCGGACGGAUUCCAAGAUGGUGUUAGACAAGUUCGCGCUGUUACCACUAUCUGGUCCAAGAAGACUCUGUUUUCCAUGUUUGCACUGCUCUACUUGGUCUCUUUCGUUGAUUAUCUUCAAAACUCGAUUGACUCAAUUCUCAAUCCCUACAUCACGUCAUCCUUCGGGAAGCAUGGCCUCUUAAAUGUCGGUAGUGUCAUGUCUACCAUUAUCGGGUCGGUUGCGCCGCUCUUUAUUGCCAAGGUUGUCGAUAUCUGGGGCCGUGCGGAAGGUUUUCUCAUCAUGUUGGUUGUCUGUGUUAUUGGCAUGGUAAUGAAAGCCGCCGCCCAAAACGUUGAGACGUAUGUUGCUGCACACACGAUGUACUGGGUUGGCCACAUUGGUAUUAUGUACGUUAUGAACGUCAUGUUGGCCGACAUGAGCAGCCUCAAAAACCGUAUGGUUGUAUUUGCCAUUAAUGGCACCCCUCGGCUCGUCGGCAACUACGCUGGACCUAAUAUUGCAGGUCUGUUUUACCGAAAUCUCAACUUCAGAUGGGCUUUUGGCGCAUUUAGCAUCAUCUUAGUUGUCUGCAGCGCUCCCGCGAUCGGUCUUAUGUGGUCUAUGCUACGCAAAGCCCGCAAGGAGGGAGCAAUCGAGAAGAGACAGGCCUCGGGUAGAUCUUGGACUCAGUCCAUCAAGUACCAUGUUAUUGAGAUGGAUUUAGUCGGAAUGAUUCUUAUCAUGGGCGCGCUCGCUUGCAUUCUUUUGCCCUUCAACUUGGUUCCAUACGCCCCGCAGCAAUGGAAGACGCCUUAUAUCAUCGCCAUGUUGGUGCUUGGUAUUCUUCUCUUCCCAGCCUUUUAUUUUUGGGAGGCUAAAGUUGCAAAGGUUCAGUUCCUGCCAUUCAAGUUCCUAAAACAGGGCACCAUAAUUGGCGCUUGCUUGCUAUAUGGUGUUAUGUUCCUAUCCACCUUCUGCUGGAACGGAUACUUUUACUCGUACCUUCGAGUUGUUCACCGACAGAGUCUUGAAAACGCAGGGUACAUUGUCAACACCUACUCUACGACUUCUACCGUGGUUGGGCCAUUGGUCGGCCUCCUGAUCAGCUACACAGGAGACUUCAAGUGGACGGCUUAUAGCGGUGUUCCUGUUAUGCUGCUUGGAUCGGCCCUGGUCAUUCCUUUCCGCCAGCCUGACGCUCCCGUUGGCGUGCUUGUCUUCACACAGUUCCUCGUUGGCCUUGGAAGCGAGAUUUUCGUUUUGACUAGCUCUUUAGCUGCUAUGGCGCCUGUAACACACCAACAAAUCGCGGCGGUGAUAGCUCUGUCGGGCAUGUUUGGUGGCUUCGGUGCGUCUAUUGGGUUGUCCAUUGCCGGUGCUAUUUGGAACAACUUGCUGCCGGAGAAAUUAGAUUUUUAUCUGCCAGAUUCAGCCAAGAACCAGACUUUAGCGAUUUUCGGCGACAUUGAGCAGCAAAUUGCCUUCCCAGACGGUUCUCCAGAACGCGAAGCCAUCGUUUCUGCCUUGGGAGACGUUAUGAGACUCAUGGUUAUUGCCGGUGUGGCUUUGAUGCCCUUAUGCAUAGCCUGCAUUUAUUCAUGGAAGAAUAUCAACGUUAAGAAGCUUGAGGAGGAACGCGGCAAGCAAACCAAGGGCACCACAUUUUAA